AUGAAGAUGCGCGUAAAUCUGGUGACAAUGCGAAAAUAUCAGGGACUAGCUAAUUGCACCACAGACUGUGGUCCACUGGUGGUGCGACCCAGAAGAGAGACCUACAUGUCCGUCGAUGAGGUGUGCUGCGAGGGCUACGAUCGCAACGAGAAAGACGAAUGUGUGCCACAGUGUGGCGAUUGCGGUGCCACUGGCCAGUGUCUCUCGCCACAGGUGUGUCUGUGUGGCAAAGGCUACAGCAAUGUGCAGGAUCGAUCGCAGUGCCAACCAGUGUGCUCGGAGCCCUGCCUCAAUGCGAACUGCAGUGCACCCGACGAGUGCAGAUGCUGGGACGGCUAUGGGUUCGUCAAUGGCAGCCAGACGGCCUGUGAGCUGAUGUGCAAGGUGGACUGCGAGAAUGGACGGUGCCAGGAGCAGAACAAGUGCAUCUGUAACUCGGGCUAUGCUCGGGACGAGACGCUCAACAAGUGUGUGCCCGUCUGCAAGGAUGCGUGCGAGAAUGGAGUGUGCAGUGAGCCCAACCAGUGCAGCUGUAAGCCGGGCUACGAGCCAGAUCUGACCACACAGAAUCGCUGUGAACCCAUAUGCAGCAGUGGAUGCGCGAAUGCUGUGUGUGUGGCACCCGAACAUUGUGUCUGCAAGUCGGGCUACGUCCAGGCGGAGACUGAAGCUUCCGCCGGCUGUGCGCCUGUGUGUAAGGAGGCGUGUAUUAAUGGCACCUGCACGGCGCCCAAUCAUUGCACUUGCGCCGAAGGACAUGCGUUUCGAAAUGGUUCGCGUACGAUAUGUGAGCCUACCUGUUUCCGUGGCUGUGAGAAUGGUUUCUGCAAGGAGCCCGGACGUUGUGAGUGCCAUGACGGUUAUGCCAAAAUUUCGCCACAUCGCUGUGCUCCCAUCUGCCGGCAGCCUUGUGUGAACGGACGCUGCACGGCCCCGGACACUUGUAGCUGUGAUGCCGGAUAUGCCUUUCGCAAUGGCAGCGAGACGGAAUGCGAGCCAUACUGUCCUCGCAGCUGUCGUAAUGGCGUUUGCAGCAGUCCUGGCAUCUGUACUUGCAAUCCUGGCUAUCAGGCUCUGCUCUCCUUCUACUGCAUACCCAUUUGUACGCGUCCCUGCAUUCACGGCUCCUGUGUGGCGCCCGAGCAGUGUCGCUGCUUUCCGGGUCAUCGACCCAGUCCUUCGAAUCCCGAUAUCUGUGAGCCCAUCUGCACCAAUGACUGCAAUCAUGGACGUUGCAUUGCACCCGACACCUGCCAAUGCGACGAGGGCUUCGCCAAGCGCUGGCUAACAGGCAGCUGUGAGCCCUUCUGCUCGCAAAAAUGCGUGAAUAGCGUCUGUGUGGGCAACGGCAUCUGUCGCUGCUACGAAGGAUUCCGCUUGCGGGAGAACUCCACGGCCAUCUGCGAUCCCAUUUGCCUGCCCUCCUGCAUCAAUGGCAAUUGUGUGGAGCCGAACAGCUGCAAAUGCUGGCCCGGCUACGAGGACACCAAGUUCCACAAUCUCUGCAUACCCACCUGUCGCCCGAGCUGCGAAAAUGGACGCUGCAUGGCCACCAAUCGAUGUGAGUGCACCGAGGGCUAUGCGGCGACCAAUUCAAGCGAACCCCACCGCUGUGUGGCCCAGUGUGAACAGACAUGCAUCAAUGCGCAGUGCCAGGCGCCCAACGAGUGUGUGUGCCUCUCCGGCUAUCGCCUGCUCGCUGGCAGUCGGACGGAGUGCGAGCCCGUGUGUGAGCAGGGCUGUGGGAAUGGCGUGUGUGUGGCGCCCGAUAUGUGCAGCUGUAAUCACGGUUUUAGGGCGCAACUGGACGAGCAGAGCGGUCUCUUAAGUUGCACUGAAGCUGCUAUCGAAACUCUAAGUACUAAGCUAUCCAUUCCAAUUUCGAGAUGGACCAUCAUGACCAUAGUCUUCCUGAUUCUCCUGCUCUUCCUGCUCACCAUAUUGCUUGUGCUGCGUGAAUGGCAACGCAGACGAUCGACUGGCGAUAAGCAGGGCGUGCAUCUCAUCGAAAACCCUGGAUAUGGCCUACACUUACCCGGUGGUAGUGGUGGGGGCGAUGAGCCACUCAGUGAACAGGAGAUUGGCGAGGGUGAUUAA